AUGAAUCCCAAAAAACAUUGCAAAGCUGUCAAAUUGAGGAGUGGGAGAACAUUACAAAAACCAGAAGAAAAGCAAAAACAGAAGGAAGAAACUCUUGAAAAUCCUGACAUUCAAAAAGAGGAAGAAGAGAAGCAAGCUGAGGAAAAAGCAUUAAUUCAGAUGCCCUCCUAUACAAAAUUUCUAAAGGAAAUCCUUUUCAAGAAAAGGAGAUUGGAGGAUUAUGAGACAGUUGCUUUAACAGAAGAAUGUAGUGCCAUCCUACAGGACAAGCUGCCUCCAAAAUUGAAAGAUCCUAGAAGCUUCUCCAUACCAUGCCUGAUUGGCAAUAUGAAUAUUGAUAGAGCCCUCUGUGACCUUGGAGCCAGCAUGAACCUAAUGCUCUUGUCCAUAUAUCAAAAGCUGAAUGUGGGAGAGCUGAGACUAACUACCAUCUCCUUGUAA